UCUUCACACCAUGAAUCUGCAAGAAGCGUCGACUUUGUUCUGUCAAAAACAAGUGUUAUUUCUACCAUUUGCGUUGCUAUUCAGGUUUGAUUUUCAAGAAAAAAGUAAUGGUAAAGUGUGCCCUUUGCCAUGCAACUUUUUCCUCCAAGCAGAAAUUGGUUCUUCAUUUUGGUGAUGCUCACAGUGUAGCCAAGCAGAGGUCAAGGAGGUCAAAGGUCACUGAAGCCAUUAAGCGCAUUGCAGCUGAAGAAGAUGAAGAGGAGCCUAGAGAAGUAUCUGUUAAGGAAGAAGAAUCUGCAUUUAUCACUAGCACAAGGCAGCCAUUACCAUGUUCAGAAUGUGGGGAACAGUUUGCUACUCGUGCCAGUUUACAGGGCCAUCAGUGCAGCACAGGAAGCAAUAAGAAACAGCCAGUCAGUUGCCAGUACUGUGGUCAGAAAUGCAAGGACAAGCGGGGAGCAGCCAUUCACCUUGCAUUCUGUGAGCAAAGAUAUAAGAAUGAUGCAAUAUCUGAACACAGUCAUGUUUUAGAAAGUAGUCCAAAACCAGUGGAAAGCAUGGAUGCUUUUUAUGAGUGCCCAGGUGAAGAUUGUGGAGCUAUUUUCAAAAAUCAAGACCAGUUAGCAAAACAUGUCCAGAAACACCACAGUGGGGAGGGUAUAAUGGUUAUCAGAAGCAGUUCUCCCACAAACAGUCCAGUGUUCCCUCACACACCUCAGAUUGAGUUACCUGCUGUCACAACCCCACAAAAGUCAAUGCAACAGCCAUUAGUAACUGUAACAAUGAAACCCCAUGUUGGUAAGACUGAGGGACUACAAGACCUUUCUCUUCUUAUAACUCCAACAAAAGGUAUGGAGGAAACACCAGGAUUCCCAGAGAGUGUUACUGCAGAUUGUUCACUCUCUGGAGACCAGGGAUUAGAAAAAGAUCCUCCAACAAUCACAGUAGAAGAAUGUAGGGCACUAGAGACUGGGAUUAAUGGGAAUGGUGAGGCAGUCCUUUAUGUAGCGGAAGAUGGCACGUUAUUAGAAACUACACAAAGGAGCAUUCAGUCAACCAAAAAUGAAUUUCAUAAUGUCUUAGGGCAAAAAGAAACCCUGGUAUUCUUCUCAAAUAGUAACAAUAAAAAGCAAGAUUCUGAGAGAGAAUUCACAUGUCAGAUUUGUCAACAGCAGUUUCUUAAGAAAAAAGAACUUUCAAUGCAUAUUAGAAACAGUCAUAAUAGAAAUGAAAAGGAAGAAACUCCAUAUAUCAAAAAAGAACCCAUAGAUUCUGAUGAUGAUAGAUUAGUUGCAGAUGAUGUUGAUGAGGACUGGGAGCUUGUUACAGUUGGAAAGCGCAAAAAAAAUGGUGUAGACUUAAAAAUUGAGAAGGGAAAAUUUGAGUAUAAAUGUAAAUUAUGUAGGCGCAACUUUCUGUCAGAGUUAGGCUAUCAAACACAUGUUAGAAACAAGGAAUGCAAAAACAAGAAGUUCAAGUUAACAAGAAUGUUUUCUUGUCAUUUUCAAAGGUGUGAUUCUUCAUUCUUCAAGCUUACUGAAUUACAGAGACAUUGGCAGAUAGCUCACAAAUUUUCUAUGGCCAGCAAAAAUUUAGAAUUUAAGGAUGAGAGAGCUUUUACUCAGUGGUUAGUGGAGGAAGAAGAGAAAUAUAAAGUAAGGUUCACAUGUGAUGUCAGAAGAAGAAAGUCUCAUAGAACAGAAAGGUUAUUAGUGUGCCAUAGAUUUCAUCAUCUUCGCACAGCUGCAGCAAGAAAAGCAGCCAAACAAGAGUAUUCAGACAAGCAUAAUUGGAUACACAAGAUUCAGCCCUGCCUAUGUUUUGCAAGGAUGAAGGUUUACCAAGACUUUGACAAAGAGACAUGUGAUUUCACAGGAAAGAUUAGUGUUGUGUAUUAUUACGAGCAUUCACAUUCUGAUGAGGAUAGCCAAGAAGAGAAGACAGAAAUCUUGGAUCAUAUUUUACAGAGAAAUAAAAGAAACAGACAGAACCAGUUCCAAGACUUAAAGGGGAAUGACAAACUUAUGCAUCGACAGAAACUUGAAAAGUUUGCACGACUUGCAGGAAAAGAAUACCGUUCAACAACUCGCACCACAAAAAUGGAUUCAGUAAAGAGAUUUAAACAGGAACCAGAUGAGCUCCCUAUUCUUAAUGAAUACGAUGAGGACCAAAUUGCAGCUGCCAAUGUUGCCAACAACCUUUUAGAGAGUGAUGAGUUAUUUACCACUCAAGUAGAAAUGGUUUUAGAUGGCCAGUUUGACAUGGGCCAGGAGGUGCUAACAGGACCAGUGGUGAAUAAUCUUGAUGGUCUUACUAUAUUUGAAGGUAAUAGAGUUGAACAUAUUAACUGCAAGAGCGAUGAUUUGAGAAACCAUGAGGAUGACACAGAAACAGAUGAGGAUUCGCAGACCUUGCAAGUUGUGCUGCCUGCAAGUACGGCAGACUGGGGAAAGUUGUUUGAAAUGGUGCGUGCACGUGUAACAACUGACCACAAUCCCACCAUAAAGGCAGAAGCAGCACUUGUUCUACCAUAUGAAAAAGUUAUAGAGCUCAUAACCCCCAAUGAGCAAAUUCCCAUUUUUAGACAACUGUGGGAGUUAGCUUACCCAAGCAAUCAGUCCGAAGAAGAAAUCGAGUUUGAAAUCAGAAUGGUAAGAUAAGUUUCUCGUCUCGUCAUCAUAAGAUUAAUGAUUUUAUACCUGUUACUACCUCUGUUACCUAGUGAUGUCAAUGUUUUUAUUGUUAAGGGAAACAUUUAUUUAUAUUUAAAGUAUGCAAGUUUGUAAUUAAGAAAUAAAUCCUUAUUUAUUGAUGUAUCUAUAAUGAUA